AUGGGGGAGUGGGUGGAAGGGAUUUGGGAAUGGAAACUGGAAUGGGUUAGAGAAUUGAGGGAAAGAGAUCUCUUUCAUGUUAAUGAACUUCUUUCUUUGAUCGACAAUGUCUCUUUGACUCCAGGUAAGAUUGACGGGUGGAAGUGGAAAGCAUCCCCAAACAGUUCUUUCUCGGUCAAUUCCGCCUAUAAAGUGAUGUGCAGGGAUUCAAGAUCAAAGACACAGUCAAACAAAGGACUGGAAUUCCAAUACAUUUGGAAAGCAGCAGCUCCUCACAAGGCAAAAUUCUCGGCAUGGAGAAUUCUAAAAGAUAGAAUGGCGACUUGUGAAAACUUGAUUAGAAGACAGGUGAGUAUCCCAAAUGCGGAAUCUAUUUGUGUGUUUUGCCGAUCACAGCAGGAAGACACCAAUCAUCUGUUCUUCAUCUGCCAAAGAACCUCCGAAGCUUGGUACGACAUCCUGUCUUGGCUCGGUUUACAGGCGGUACUUCCUUCAUCAGCAAAAGAUCAUUUUCUCGCCUUCACUAGUCUUGGCAACAAGAGAGAUACAAAACUCCUCAGGAAUGUUUGGAUUUGCAUGGUGUGGUGCAUCUAG